UGGCGUCCCGUGAACCUGUUUACGCUAUUUUAGACCAUCCCUCUCAUGACAAUAUAAAGAUCGGGGCUCUUUCGAUCCAUACGGUUAUAUCGAGCGAAGCAAUACGAGCUUAGCUACUCACAAGAGACAACGACGUUGCGAAUGCCCUCACCGGAGCAUCCCGAGUUGCUCGCCACACCUUGCGUUACAUGCCGUGAACAUCAUUUGAAAUGCGAUCGUGAGGUUCCCAGAUGCGGCCGCUGUGUUCGCGCGGGUCGCGAGUGUAAAUUAGGCUUCAAAUUCAAACCCAGUAAAGACACCUUUAGUAGGGAGCAAAGGUGGCCUAAGCCGCCGAGACAAUUGAUCUAUGUCGACGAGACUCAAAGUCUAACCACAGGAAGCCCCAUAGAGGACAAUAUAACCCAAUAUGAGUUUCGCAUAGAUAACGCUGAUGCAAAAGAUCCGGCGUCAGCCUCCUCGACGACGACAUCGACAACGACGACAACGACGACGCUUCCGGCGAUAACCAGUUUAAGGGAGUACACAGAGACGGGGAAGCAACUGAGGACCAAUGCCUUGCUUUUAAAUGAGAACACGUCCCCAACCGAACAUCAUUCUUAUAGAGAAACUUCGGGAGCAAGAUCUACGGCUACCGCAUUAUACAAUGCACAGUCGUUGGCGAUAGGGCACGAUGUUCGGAUACCACCUCUUAGGAACAUCAUAUCGUCAACCGUACAAACGGCGUCGUCAUUACCACUCAAGGACCGGACAGAAGCACUACUUUUCAGGCACUACAUCCAAAAACUGGCGAUUUGUCUGGACUUAUGCGAUCCGCAUCGGCAUUUUGAACUUGUCGUGCCAGAACGUGCUGCCGAGUCUCAUACGCUUCUGAACGCGAUAUUUGCCAUAGCCGCGAGACAUUUAAGCCACACGACGGACUUCGACCCCCUUGCCUCGAACAGGUAUCAUGACGAGUGUCUGAGAUAUCUUAUCCCCAUGUUAAACCAUGCUUCGACGGUGUCGGACGAGAACUUAUUCGCGGCAACUAUCAUCCUGCGCAUGCUUGAGGAGAUGGACGUUCCAACAACAGGUCAGGAUACCUACAGCCACCUGCUCGGUAUCCAUGCCUUCGUCAACGUCGGAGAUCAUUACAUGGUGCCCGGCAGCCUAAGCGCCGCGUCAUUCUGGGUAGGACUACGGCAAGAGAUUUAUAUCGCGGUGAUAACGCAGCAGCCCGUCAAACUUUCCUUAAAUCAUUUCGUGGUGGACCGAUCGUUUGAGCCAGCCGACGAUUACACGUGGUCAAAUCGCGCGAUUGUUCUCAUCGCGGACGUUCUCAACUUCUGCUUCGGCGAAAAUGCCUUUACCGUAGGCGAAUGGAACGCGCUAGAUGAGGCGUGCCAAAAGUGGUCUGCCGCUCGACCCCCCUCCUUCAACCCGUUUUUCUACCGGGAGCGCGCAGCCUCUACGGCUUUUCCGGAAGUGUGGUACGUGUCAAGUUGUCAUGUCAUCGGAGUCCAACAUCACAUUCUUGCACAGCUAUUCCUGACCCAGUUUGACCCAUCGAUCCCCAAAGUGGGUACAAAUCGCCGGGCGGCCGUGAAGAGAAUGACUCACCGCAUAGAGAACCUCGUGCGGGAGCUUUGUGGUAUCGGCGUCUGCAAUAAGUGGACACCGCCAGGCAUGUUCACGGCUUGCAUGGGCAUCGCGAUGUUUGGCGACCAAUUCGGCGAACGGUCCGACCAGGAGGCUCUCAUCGACUUACUAAAAGCAACCGAGGGGGGUCAUGCUCGACCAACUGCGGCAAUACAGCAGCAGCUAAUGAAAGCAUGGGGUUGGAUACCAGAAGGAGAUGGAUAGAUAUACGUAAGAUCUGAUUGGUGAUGCUUCAGACCACAAGGAGGGGUCUAAAGGGUCCAAGGGGUCCAGAUGGUAGGACAGGAUCCGGGGCAGGCCAGCGAGCGGCCACAAAUAU